UCGCAGUCUCGUACGAUCGGGAACAAACGCCACUCGUGCGGGAACACAUAUAUCCGAAAGUGAUGUGAUGCAUCCAAAAUGAGUGCUCAAGCACCGACCGUCCUACAUUGGAACUACAGGGGCUUCACAGAAUUCCCACUUCAGAAACUGCAAGGAGAUGAAACGGACGUCAUCGAUAUAUAUCUUAAGGAGAAUCUGAUUUCGCGCAUUCCCAGCGAUAUUUGCAAACUCAGCAACCUAGAAAGCUUGUACUUGAGCGGUAACGAUAUUACCGAGUUACCGCGGGAGAUAUCGAAGUUAUGUAGCCUUAAGUGCCUGGAUAUUAGCGGGAAUCGAUUAAGAUUCAUCCCAGAUGAGAUAGCUGAAGCGAGGAAUCUUAAAUUUCUGAUAUUAGACGAAAAUGAGUUGGUGCAUUUACCUCUGCGGCUGGCUGAGUUGCGUUCGCUUCGAUAUCUUUCGGUUUGUGAUAACAAAUUAAAGUGGCUCCCACAAAGACCUGUUUUCAAUUACCAUCAUUGCGAAUUUAGAUUCUGGAGAAAUACUGACCUGAAAAGUUUGCCGUAUUCUCUUUGGUACCACAUGUUCAGGGAACAACAAACAAGAAGUCUAAAUAUUGGCUGUCUGCAUACUAAUGAUGACAAGACACCCGGUCGUAUUAAGAUAUUAAAAAGCAAAGCAGCAUUGCCUGUUCCCGGCACCUAUCGGAUUAUUAUGAAAAGUCCCGCUCCACCAAGUCUGUUUGAACUAAGCAAAAGAAAGUUCUACCAAUUAAUAUGUAGCACAGUUAACUCAAUCAACAAUCAAUCCAGAUAUUUUAAUAUAAAUAAAACAAAUGAAGGUGUGAGCUUUUUAGAAGAAUAUUUAGAGGGGAUUAAUAUUUCACAAAGCGAUAUUAAUGGAAAUUACAAAACUAGGUUACGAGAAAACGUUGGGACUCAAAGAAUAUAUGUGCCAUCGGAUCUUAUUGAGGAAUAUUAUUGCUAUUUACCAAAUUUUAUAAAAAAUGACCUCUGCAAUGGACCAGUUUCCAGAUGUGAAAAUGUCAUUUGUAAAAAACCUGUAUUUGAGUUUGUUUUUUUGGAAUUUUGUACGCAAAAAAUAAUAUUAAUUGAUAAAACGGAAGACAUAACAUUAAGUGCUGUGUUUUGUUCAAAAAGCUGUGCUGAUUUAUGGAAAGCAGAGAAAAAUGUUUUAGAAUGGGAAUUAUUAUAACGAAGGCUAUUAAACUAUAUGAUUUAUACACUUUUA